GUCUCAGCCGCGCCGAAGUUGUGUGUGCAGGCUGUUUCGACGCCAGGACCCCCUAAGAGACGAUGAUGUUGGGCACCGAAGGCGGCGAGGGAUUCGUGGUGAAGGUCCGGGGCUUGCCUUGGUCUUGUUCGGCCGACGAAGUGCAGCGGUUUUUUUCUGACUGCAAAAUUCAAAAUGGGGCUCAAGGUAUUCGUUUCAUCUACACCAGAGAAGGCAGACCGAGUGGCGAGGCUUUUGUUGAACUUGAAUCAGAAGAUGAAGUCAAAUUGGCCCUGAAAAAAGACAGAGAAACUAUGGGACACAGAUAUGUUGAAGUAUUCAAGUCAAACAACGUUGAAAUGGAUUGGGUGUUGAAGCAUACUGGUCCAAAUAGUCCUGACACGGCCAAUGAUGGCUUUGUACGGCUUAGAGGACUCCCCUUUGGAUGUAGCAAGGAAGAGAUUGUUCAGUUCUUCUCAGGGUUGGAAAUCGUGCCAAAUGGGAUAACAUUGCCGGUGGACUUCCAGGGGAGGAGUACGGGGGAGGCCUUCGUGCAGUUUGCUUCACAGGAAAUAGCUGAAAAGGCUCUAAAGAAACACAAGGAAAGAAUAGGGCACAGGUAUAUCGAAAUCUUUAAGAGCAGUCGAGCUGAAGUUAGAACUCACUAUGAUCCACCACAAAAACUUAUGGCCAUGCAGCGGCCAGGUCCCUAUGACAGACCUGGGGCUGGCAGAGGGUAUAACAGCAUUGGAAGAGGAGCUGGCUUUGAAAGGAUGAGGCGUGGUUAUGGAGGCUAUGAUGAUUAUAAUGGCUAUAAUGAUGGCUAUGGAUUUGGGUCAGAUAGAUUUGGAAGAGACCUCAAUUAUUGUUUUUCAGGAAUGUCAGAUCACAGAUACGGGGAUGGUGGCUCUACUUUCCAGAGCACAACAGGACACUGUGUACACAUGCGGGGAUUACCUUACAGAGCUACUGAGAAUGACAUUUAUAAUUUUUUUUCACCACUCAACCCUGUGAGAGUACAUAUUGAAAUUGGUCCCGAUGGCAGAGUAACUGGUGAAGCAGAUGUCGAGUUUGCAACUCAUGAAGAUGCUGUGGCAGCUAUGUCAAAAGACAAAGCAAAUAUGCAACACAGAUAUGUAGAACUCUUCUUGAAUUCUACAGCAGGAGCAAGCGGUGGUGCUUAUGGUAGCCAAAUGAUGGGAGGCAUGGGCUUGUCAAACCAGUCCAGUUAUGGCGGCCCAGCCAGCCAGCAGCUGAGUGGUGGUUAUGGAGGUGGCUAUGGUGGCCAGAGCAGCAUGAGUGGAUAUGGCAGCCAAGGAACAGUGAACAGCAGCUACUACAGUAGUGGAAGCCGAGCAUCUAUGGGAGUGAACGGAAUGGGAGGGAUGUCUAGCAUGUCCAGUAUGAGUGGUGGAUGGGGAAUGUAAUUGAUCCUGAUCACUGACUCUUGGUCAACAUUUUUUACAAAACUUAAGUUUUAACAGUUUUGCAAUACAAACUUGUGGUUCAUGCUUACUCUUAAGUGGAAAUCAGGAUUGUUUUAAAGACUUAAGGUUCAGUAUUUUUGAACACAAACAUUCAUUUAGGAUGUAACUAGGUUGAGUAAUCUGUUACUGUUAAAUAAUUUUCAGCUUUUCUCAAGUUAGUUAUAUUGUAGGAUGUACUUAAGCAGUAGGUGUAUUUAGGUUAAAGCAGUUGAAUUAUGUUAAAUGUUGCUUACACCACAUUACAUUGAACACUGUUUGGAUGCAUUGUUGAAAGACAUGCUUUUUUGUGAAACUCUAUAGGAGCUGUGUCUACAAUUAAAAGUGAAACAUUUGGCAUGUUUGUUAAUUCUAGUUUCAUUUAAUAACCUCUAUGGCACGUAAGUUUAAGCUUUUUUUUAAGUUAAUGGGGAAAAUUUGAGACGCAAUACCAAUACUUUAGGAUUUUGGUCUUGGUGUUUGUUUGAAAUUCUGAGGCCUUGAUUUAAAUCUUUUCAUUGUAUUGUGAUUUUCCUUUUAGGUGUAUUGCGCUAAGUGAAACUUGUUGAAUAAAUCUUCCUUUUAAAAACUGCAA